UUUCUUUCCUUGUUUUCUAGAUACUUUAAAGGUCCUGAACUUCUAGUCGAUUUGCAAGAUUACGACUAUUCUCUGGACAUGUGGAGCCUGGGUUGUAUGUUUGCUGGAAUGAUAUUUCGCAAGGAACCUUUCUUUUAUGGCCAUGACAACCAUGACCAACUGGUCAAAAUUGCCAAGGUACUUGGGACUGAUGAGUUGAAUGCAUAUCUGAACAAAUACCAUUUAGAGCUUGAUCCUCAACUUGAUGCGCUUGUGGGGAGGCACAGCAGGAAGCCCUGGUCGAAGUUUAUUAAUGCAGAUAAUCAGCAUCUAGUUUCUCCAGAGGCCAUUGAUUUUCUGGAUAAACUUCUUCGGUAUGAUCAUCAAGACAGGCUAACUGCAAAAGAGGCAAUGGGCCAUCCAUAUUUCUCCCAAGUGAGGGCAGCAGAAAGUAGCAGGAUGCGGACAUAAGAGCUUUGAUAAUAUAAUGCCCCAUAUGUAGGACUAGAAUUUGUGCUAUUUGGGAGUGUUUUAUUUACUUGAAAACUCUGGCUGCCUUUGGCAAUUGUUGUAAGUUUAAUAUUGUUGAAUGGGAUUUUAUAGUAUGGUUGUCAAGUUAAUGACUUUGUUGGAUAGAAGAUUAAUUAUUUAAAGCAUGAUUUCCGUGAAUA